AAAUCCGCUAUGCAACCGUGUACUGGAAUAGAGCUCAAAAAACACUUCAGGUCAAGAAUAUACUGGACAGGAGUGGAGAUGCCUAUGGUUUCUACAACAACACUGUACAGACAACAGGCUGGGGAGUGCUGGAGAUCAGAGCCGGUUAUGGCAGUCAGACCUUAAGCAAUGAAGAUAUCAUGUAUGCAGCUGGCUUCUUGGAAGGCUAUCUCACAGCUCCGCACAUGUAUGACCAUGCUGCAAAUAUGUAUCCACAGUUAAUUAAGAAUCCCACCGUUCGAAGUGGAGUUCAGAAUUUUAUGGCGAAACAAGAUCAAUGGACAAGACAACAAAUCAGAAAUAAUAAGGAUGACCCCUUUUGGAGGCAUGCUGGCUAUAUUAUUGCCCAGUUGGAUGGUCUGUACAUGGGAGCCCUCGAGUGGGCUAAACUACACAAACAAACAGUAAGAUUACUGCAUCUCUCUUUCA